CCUUCACAUGGUAUCAGCCAAACCAUCGAUCCCCUUCUAAUCUUCUUCUUCCUCUGCUAUUCUCUGUCUUCUUCAUCAUCCAUGGCCAACCCCACCGAUUACUCAAACAUCUCCCUCCACUCUCUAUGCAAUCUCAUCACUAUCAAGCUUUCCUCAACUAAUUGUCUUCCACGGAGACACCGGAUCCUUCCUGUUCUCUCGUACCUCAACCUUACGAGUCACAUCGAUGGAACCCUAGUUCCACCCCCUGAAUCCAUUUCUGAUGACAACAAACCCAUCCCCAACCCUAAAUUUGCUGAAUGGAAGAGCGCCGAUCAGAAGGUUGUACUCCUUCUCCACUCGUCACUCACCGAAGAGGCGAUGUCUGAAACCAUCGGCCAUUCCACAGCCUCUCAGAUCUGGACAGCGCUGGAACAUGCCUACAGCAACCACUCCAUUGAGCGGAUGCAUACUCUUCGGGACUCCCUCCGUCAACUUCAGAAGGGUUCUUCCUCGGUCUCCAAAUAUGGUCGCAAGUUUAAAGCUUUGUGUGACCAGUUAACUGCCAUUGGACGCCCUGUUACCAAAGAGGACAAACGUCACUGGUUCCUCUGCGGGCUGGGUUCCGCUUACGAAAAUUUCUCCAUCGCACAAUGCACCGUGCAACCGGCUCCCCUGUUCCGUGAUCUCCUGGCUCACGCUGAAAACCAGGAAAUCUUCAUUCAACGCUUACACGGUUCUCAGCCUUCUCAGGCUGCCUUUGCAGCCCAACCCUCCAGAGGACGUUCUACCUACACUAGACGCCCUCCAACCUGUCAACUUUGCAGGAAGGAAGGGCACUAUGCGUCGGCAGGUAUGGACCUUGUUGGUUAUGUGCAAAGAGUUGGGACCACUCCUCUAGAUGCACAUCUGGCUCACGCAUUCCAGGCUCAAUGCAACAUCCCAGAUUGGACUGCGGACACCGGAGCUACUGCCCACAUGCUUCCAACCCAAAAUGGGUUAGAUGAAACAUAUCCAGAUACGGGAUCGAAAAACCGAAGGUCCUCGCUAGAGGCACCUGUGAAAACGGUUUUUAUGUGCUCUCCCAAGGUCACAAGUCUCUCGUUGCCGCUCUAUCUGCAUCUCAUCUCCGUGCAUCCUUUGAUAAAUGGCAUAGUCGUCUAGGACAUGUCUCGUUUGAUACUAUUUCUUUGUUAAAUAAACUUGGACAUGUUUUGCUUACUUUUUUGUUACCUAAACCGGGCUUAUGUUCUUCUUGUGCACUCUCAAAGGCACAAUGUUUACCAUUUAUUGAAAACAAUAAACGUGCA